AAACUCUGCUCUGCAACACCGCGACGAAGUUAGACUAACAAUGUCUGCAAACAGUUUCAAACUUCUAGUCAAGAAUGCAACACAGCUAGUGUUAGUUUGUAGAAAUGGGGAAAAGUAUCUUACCAGAGAUGAGAUGCAGACUCUGGCUGUGCUGGAGAACGCCAGUGUGCUGAUUGGACAUGAUGGACUAAUCAAAGCUGUUGGACCAGCAGACGUCAUUGAAACUCAGUUUGAAGGAGCAAAGUUUGACAAAGUUCUCGACGCUUCCGGCAUGUGUGUUCUCCCAGGUCUUGUUGAUGCACACACGCAUCCAGUGUGGGCUGGAGAUAGAGUGCAUGAGUUUGCCAUGAAGCUGGCCGGCGCCACAUAUAUGGAGGUGCAUGAAGCUGGAGGAGGAAUCCAUUUCACAGUGGCACACACUCGCUCGGCCAGUGAACAGCAUCUGUUGGCUGCUUUGAAAAGCCGUCUGGAGCGCAUGAUGAGAGCUGGAACCACACUGGUGGAGUGUAAGAGCGGAUACGGACUCGAGCUGGACACUGAAGUCAAGAUGCUGAGAGUGAUCAAUUCGGCAAGAAAGUCGUUGCCCAUCGGGAUAUCAGCAACAUACUGUGGAGCCCACGCAGUGCCCAAAGGUAAAACUAUGGAAGAAGCCACUAAGGACAUUGUUGCAGUGCAGCUGCCCAAAAUAAAACAUCUAAGCGCUUCAGGUGAUCUGCAAGUGGACAACAUUGAUGUAUUUUGUGAGAAAGGUGUGUUCGAUCUCACCUCCACUCGUUGCAUACUCCAGGCCGGCAAAGACAUGGGCCUCAACAUCAACUUUCAUGGCGAUGAACUCCAUCCUAUGAACUCGGCACAUCUUGGUGCAGAACUUGGCGCUUUAGCGAUCAGCCAUUUAGAGGAAGUGACAUAUGAUGGGAUUGUUGCCAUGGCGAAAUCGAAAACAUCAGCGGUCCUCCUUCCCACCACUGCAUAUAUAUUACGACUUACUCCACCACGUGCGAGAGAUAUGCUUGAUGCUGGAGUCAUAGUGGCUCUGGGCAGCGACUUCAACCCCAAUGCCUACUGCUGCUCAAUGCCUAUGGUGAUGCACUUGGCCUGUGUGAUGAUGAAAAUGUCUAUGCCAGAAGCUCUGGCCGCAAGCACCAUAAAUGCAGCCUACGCUCUCAACCGCUCACAAACACAUGGCUCGCUUGAAGUUGGGAAACAGGGAGACCUUGUGAUCGUCAAUGCACCACGGUGGGAACAUCUGGUCUACCAGUUUGGGGGUCAUCAAGAGCUCAUCAAAUAUGUCAUAAUCAAAGGCGAUUUUGUUUAUGAAAAUGAUAAAGUUUUGAAUCUUUGAACAUCCCACAGUGAAUAAACACAAGAUGGAUUGUGUGGUAAAACUGUAUUAUUAUGAUAAUAAAAAGGCUUGGUACCAUACUCAAAAUUUAAAAAAUGGUUUGUUGAUAAAAUAAAUAAUUCCAUACAUAUAUUCAUAAGUUAAUUCAAUUUACAAACAGUUUGAAAUCAUACAAACAUGCUUUGUACCAGUCUGCCCUUUAAUCUCCAGCAUGCUUCUGUCAUCGUAAUGGAAAUGCCCGGUUCAGCACCAGCUCCAACCUCUCUCCUCCGAGUGCACAUGCAUCUAACACACACACCAGCCUCUGAUUGGUCAGCUGAUUUGCAGUGGCGAUCAAGUCCGCUUUGGGAGAAGAGAAACCAUUAUUAAAACUUUACCGAUUUUAGCACUCAAAGGAAAUAAAAUGAAAUUAAAACAAA